UCGCCAACCACGUCCGCGGAGCGGGCAUUAUCGGCCAGUUCGUUGUCGUGGCAGCAGGUGCCUUCACGUCGUCGUCGUCGUCGGUUUUCCUCGGACUCACGUCGUCGUAUCGGCGUCCCAAAAUGCGAUCCCCCUGCGCGUUCGUCGUUCUCCUAGCGCUCGCCGUGGCCACGGCGGACGUGUAUCUCGACGAGAAGUUCAACGAUGAUUCAUGGGAAAAGAAUUGGGUCUAUUCCGAGCAUCCCGGGAAGGAAUUCGGAAAGUUCGUUUCAAGCUACGGAAAGUUCUGGAACGAUCAGGAAAAUGAUAAAGGCAUCCAGACGUCGCAAGACGCGAGGUUUUACGCUCUCAGUAGGAAAUUCACUCCGUUCGGCAACAAGGAUAAGGACCUUGUCAUUCAAUUUACCGUGAAACACGAGCAGAAUAUCGACUGCGGAGGUGGAUACGUUAAAGUGUUCGACUGUUCCCUCGAUCAGAAAGAUAUGCACGGUGAAAGCCCUUAUCAGAUUAUGUUUGGGCCGGAUAUUUGUGGUCCCGGAACCAAGAAGGUUCACGUUAUCUUUAGCUACAAAGGGAAGAAUCUUUUAAUCAACAAGGACAUCCGUUGCAAGGACGACAUUUACACGCAUUUGUACACUUUAAUCGUUAAACCCGAUAACACCUACCAGGUUCUUAUUGAUAACGAGCAAGUUGAGUCCGGCGAGUUGGAGGCGGAUUGGAGCUUCCUGCCUCCGAAGAAGAUUAAGGAUCCAUCUCAGACGAAGCCUGCCGACUGGGACGACAAACCCAGCAUCGACGAUCCGAACGAUAAGAAGCCCGAGGACUGGGACAAGCCCGAGCACAUUCCCGAUCCCGAGGCAGUUAAACCCGAGGAUUGGGACGACGAGAUGGAUGGCGAAUGGGAAGCGCCCAUGAUUGACAAUCCUGAUUACAAGGGUGAAUGGAAACCGAAGCAAAUCGAGAAUCCCAACUACAAGGGACCGUGGAUCCAUCCCGAGAUCGAUAACCCGGAAUACACGGCCGAUCCCGAGCUGUACAAGCGUGACGAGAUUUGCGCUAUCGGUUUUGACCUGUGGCAGGUUAAAUCCGGCACCAUUUUCGAUAACGUUCUGAUCACCGACGAUCCGGAGGUCGCGCACAAAUUUGGAGAAGACGUCUGGAAACCCACCUUCGAAGGCGAGAAGAAAAUGAAGGAAUCGCAGGACGAGGAGGAGAGGAAACGGAGAGAUUUGGAGGCCAAGGAGAGCGAGGAUAACAAGGACGACGAGGACGAGGAAGAGGUGGACGAGGAGGAGCACACUCAACCAGACAAUGAAGAGCAUGACGAAUUGUAAAUAAACGUGUCGCGUGUGGACACAAAAUACACACAGACUGUAUUCCAGGAGCUACGUGGUCGCGACACGCACUAAAAUCCUCCCACAGGCACAAAAAUUGUAAUCCUAAAACGACACACAAUAGCGCAAGAAAGGCAGGAUAAUACCCUCGUCGAUCACCACCCACGUCGCCCGCUGCCGUCGCCUCGCCAGGAACGUUAAAGCGGAAUUCGAGUGAAUUCCGCUUUAAGCUUCUGAACCUGCAAAGUUUCUCGCUCGGUUUUUCGCUGUUGUGUUGUUGGCCUUCAAGUCGCAACGCGCCUAAAAAAAAUAAAAAUAAAAAAAAACAUUCGUAGCCACCCCAAGAAACUUUCUACUCGAGUGAGUCUAUUAUCCUGAGAUAUCGCACGCUUCAAGAUCAAGUGGUCGACAUUUCUGCAAAGUGUGUGUGCUGGAAUACGGAAGAACGGAUAUUAGAAGAAAAAAAAUAGAAGAAAAACAGAAAGAAGGGAAAGAGAGGUGUGUAGGGAAGAGAGAGAAACGUGCGAGAGAGUCGUCGUCGUCGUCUGGUCCGUGUCCACCAUCGGCGCAGCUCCGCAAAGACUCUAAGUUGUUCCGUUUUUGUUUGUCAAGUGUUUUUAUAUACAUUAAAAGGUAAUUGAGAUGUAAUUUAAAUAACACGAUGCUAUAUUAUAUAUAAUAUAUACAUUAUUUCAAUUUCCGUACAAUGUACGCAUAAUUCAGAGAAAGAGAAAAACUCGCGCGCUCCGAUUACAACAAAUAAAAAUAAAAUAUAAAAAUAAAAGCAAAAGUAAGAAUGAUAGAUGUGUGCAAAUGUGAGCUGAGUGAGAUGACAAUUGGUAUGAUUAUGUAUCAGAGGCAGUCCAAUAACCAUGUAAUAAAAUAAAAUAAGACUUUUCUAGAUGUGCUCAGGCGUUUAUUUUCGUGGAGUCACACUAAAGCGCUCGCCUCUCGAUCGAAACUCGCGCGAAAAAAAAAACCUCCCCACAGUCCUGUUGCUGAUCUCCAUCUUCAUCGUUUAUAGUAAUGUGUACGAAUCGAUUUUGCGCAAAUUGCUUCCAAUUACCAUUGUAUAUGUACAUGCAUAUACAUACACGCUAUUUUAUUGUAUCAUGUUCGAGUAUGGUUAAUCUUGUACAACUCGCAUUUUUAUAUCGGAAAAUAAACUGACAUAAUUUUUCUCC